AUGUCUCAAGAUGUCGAAAAAGCCAGCUCGUCUUCCAUGGAGAACGUAAACGAAUGUCACCUCGACAAAAGUACCUCGAGCAGCUCUUCCAAUGAUACAGAGCUCGCGAAGCCCGAACCCCUACCCCAAUCACGAUAUCAGCGAUUGAUCGCAAGCUUGAAAAAUGUCGAAAGUGGGGGCAUCGGACCUGUUCCGUUGGAAGAACGAGAGCCAAUUACAUCGUCAACAACGCUUCAUAUGCUCCUGAUGUGGUUCAGCAUGACAUUGGCCACGAAUAACAUUAUUGUGGGAUCGAUGGGUACGUUCGUCUUUGGUCUCAGCUUCAAGGAGGCAGCCCUGUGUGCUGUGUUUGGAUGUCUAGUGGGAAAUUGCACAGUUGGAUUUAUGAGUACAUGGGGACCGAGGAGCGGAAAUCGCACAUUGAUCGUGGCACGGUAUUUUAUGGGUUAUUACCCCAGCAAAGUGUGCAUUGUUCUAAAUCUCUUCACCAACAUCGGAUAUAGCAUGGUGAACAGUGUGAUUGGUGGACAGAUUCUGUCUGUUGUCUCGGGUGGCCAUCUCUCCGUCAUGGUGGGCAUAGUCAUCGUUGCCGGUACCAGUUGGGCCAUGGCUUCAUUCGGCAUGAAACUCUUCCAGCUCUAUGAGCGAGUUGCUUGGUUACCGCAAUUGCUGGUGAUAUGCGUGAUGGUGGGCUCCGCAGGCCCUCAUUUCGACUUCAACUUCCAAACCCAAAUGUCAACGGAGCACGCAACCGCGAAACGUCUCACAUUCUUCUCUUUGGGACUGUCUAUUGCCCUUGGCUGGGCCCCGCUCGCCGCUGAUUAUUUCGUCAACUACCCACCCCACAUCAGAAGCUCACGAACAUUCCUGGUGACUGUCUUCGGCGCCACUAUGGGCAUGUCGAUCGUCCUUCUUAUGGGUGCUGGUCUUGGGACCAUCAUGUCCAGCUCGCCGCAUUACGCUAAAAAGUACGGCACCAGCCCCGGAGGCGUGUUGAUGACGGCGUACGACGGUCUCGGUGGAUUCGGGAAGUUCUGCGCCGUCAUCAAUGUCCUCGCGCUGGUUGCUAACAAUACCCCCGGCGCCUACUCAAUGGGCAUGAACCUUCAAAUGGUUGGUGGUGCAUUUGGGAAAGUUCCCAAGUCGGUCUUCACGACUCUUGCGACGCUUGUUUAUGGCGCUUGUGCGAUGGGAGGUCGGAAUCAACUGUAUGAGAUUUUCAAAUCUUUCCUGCCCCUGAUUGGAUACUGGGUUAUGAUUUUCAUUGUGAUUGUCUUGGAAGAAAAUUUCAUCAUUCGCAGGAAUAAGAGAUAUGACUGGUCGCACUGGAAUUGCCGUGACAAACUGCCUUUGGGUAUUGCAGCGGGAGUUUCUUUCCUUAUUGGCUGGGCUGGUGCAAUUGUCGGCAUGUCUCAAGCGUAUUAUAUCGGUCCCAUUGCACAGGUGGCCGGCGAUGCUGAUCUAGGUCUCUGGCUGGGAGCGGGCUUCACAGCGGUAUGCUUCCCUCCAUUACGCGCAAUGGAGAUCAAAUUUAUUGGUCGCUAG